AAGCCCAACCACUGAAAUAUCAAGAUUCGUUUUUGUUUUGGGGGGUUCCCCGGAAACCUGUCAUCCAUUAGAAAGCCACUCAAAGCAUCCGCUCUUAAUUCCGAGUUGGAACUGAACUACCUAUUCUUACAACGAAGUAUGGCGCUUGCAACAGGGCCACGUCCACCUCCUCUGCUUCUUCCAUCUAAAGCCAUCAACAUCCCAAACCCUCCUUCAUUCGACCCCCACAGUCGCAUCCUCAUCUCUUUGAAACAAUGUACCCACAUCUCUCAGCUCAAACAAAUCCACGCCCUGACCCUUCGUUCCACUUCGCCGUACCAUCCAAAAACCUUCUUUUUAUACUCUCAGCUUCUUCAUUUCUCUUCCUUCCUUGACUUCAACUACGCUCUUCAACUUUUCAAUCAAAUUCAAAACCCCAAUUCCUUCAUGUGGAACACACUUAUAAGAGCCUGUGCCAAUGAUGUUAACAACAAAGACCAAGCCAUGAGGCUUUAUUUGGAGAUGCUAGAGCAAGCUCUGGUUUCUCCUGAUAAGCAUACUUUUCCAUUUGUUUUGAAAGGUUGUGCUUACUUGUUUGAUGUAUCUGAAGGGAUACAAGUUCAUGCCCAUGCUUUGAAACAUGGGUUCGGUUCCGAUGUUUAUGUAAAUAACAGUUUGAUUCAUUUCUAUGCAAGUUGCGGGUUUCUGGACUUGGCUGAAAAAGUGUUUGUUAAAAUGCCUGAAAGAAGCUUGGUUUCCUGGAAUGUGUUGCUUGAAGGUUUUGUUCAGUUUGGUAAGUUCAAUAGUGCUCUAAAUCUGUUCAGGGAAAUGCGGAAUACGUUCGAUCCUGAUGGGUAUACACUGCAAAGUAUUCUAACUGCUUGUGCUGGUCUUGGGGCUUUCUCUUUGGGUGCGUGGGUUCACGCUUAUUUGUUGAAGAAGUGUGAUUUUAAUUUGUCCAUUGAUGUUUUCAUCAACAAUUCUUUGGUGGAUAUGUAUUGCAAAUGUGGGUCUUUAGAAUUAGCUCACCAGGUUUUUAAGAGGAUGCCAAAACGUGAUUUAACAUCAUGGAAUCAUAUGAUCCGAGGAUUUGCAAUGCAUGGUCAAGCUGAGGCAGCAAUUAGAUGUUUUGAUAAAAUGAUUAGGACAGAGCGUUUCAGACCAAAUUCCAUUACGUUCACUGGCGUUUUGAGUGCUUGUAAUCAUAAAGGCAUGGUUUCUUACGGUCGUCUGUAUUUUGACAUGAUGGUUACUGAUUACAAGAUUAAACCUGCAUUAGAGCACUAUGGGUGUUUGGUUGAUCUUCUAGCCCGUGCAGGGUUUAUUGAUGAAGCUCUUGACCUUGUAUCAACGAUGCCUAUGAGACCUGAUGCAGUCAUCUGGAGAAGUCUUCUUGAUGCUUGUUCUAAGAAGAAUUCAAGUGUUGAGCUAAGUGAAGAGUUGGCCAGGCAAGUCGUUGAAUCGGAAGGAGACAUUGGCAGUGGUGUUUAUGUGCUGUUAUCAAGAGUUUAUGCAUCAGCUAGUAGGUGGGAUGAUGUUGGAUCGGUAAGGAAAUUAAUGACCGAUAAAGGCGUAAAGAAAGAGCCUGGAUGCAGCUCAAUCGAGAUGGACGGUGUUGCUCACGAACUUUUUGCAGGAGAUACAUCUCAUCCUCAAACUAAAGAAAUAUACCAGAUGCUAAAGGUGAUUGAUAAAAAACUAGAAUCGGUUGGUUAUUCACCUGACUAUUCACAAGCACCUAUGAUCGACGAACUUAAUGAAACUAAACAACAUUCCCUUAAGCUGCACAGUGAAAGACUAGCCAUUGCUUUGGGGCUUUUGAAGUUGCAACCAGGUAUGCCAAUACGUAUUUUUAAAAACCUUAGGGUAUGCAAUGACUGUCAUGAGGUAACGAAACUGAUCUCCAGAGUUUUCAAUGUCGAGAUUAUAGUACGAGAUCGUGCGAGAUUUCAUCACUUUAAAGAUGGCUUCUGCUCAUGCUCGGAUUAUUGGUGAUAAUUGUUCGAAGUGUAUAGCUAGUAACAAGUAAAUUACAUAAUGUACAUGACAAUGAAAUGUGUCACCUUUUAUUGUUUGUGGCAACAUUAAGUUUUCA